AUUUAGUGCUGGCAGUUUUGGACUACUUCUACCUGUGGAAGCUAUCAUAUCGAAUAGGUGGUUACCAUCUUUUAAAAGAGGUUCAAAAGUACAAUGUUGAAGAAGUGACUGCUGAAGGUUUUUCAAGUAAGGCAUUACAAUCGGAAUAUCCAGGAUAUAAAUUUAGCUGGAUUGAGAUUGAAGUAAAAGGCAUUAAAGAAAUGUUGAAGGGUUUUCCGGACUUUGAUUUAGUAAUGAAUAAGGCCGAUGGCAUAGGUAUCAAGGUUUCGUGUAACCAAGCAGUUGUGUUCAUUGAAGUAUCCGGUAGUCCUAGCAAGCCUGAUGAAAAACACAUAAAAGAUGACGCAGAAAAACUUUUGAAGGAGGCAACAUUUGGGUUGGUUUCAUUAUUAAGAAAUUAUUUGGAUAAACCUGCCAAGAUGGCUAAAAACGUGCAUAUAUAUAUGAUACAAUGCAUCGGUGAUAGGAUAACAUUAAGUGAAUUUUCGCUUAAUGGAAAAUAUCGUUACAAAACCUCACAGAUCAAAUCCGCCCGAUUGCCAUUUUCAUUUACUGAAAUUGCAGACUAUUUGGAAAUUUUUGAACUGUUAUAUGCUUUAAUAGAUGGGCUUGAAAAUCAAACAAAAUUAUUACACGAAUUAAGGUUAUUACCUAAUGAUCGUGUGCCUAAAGUUCGAGACUGGCUUUGGGUUCCGGACACAACUGCAAGUUCACUGUCUAUUAUUUAUUGUUUUAUUGUUUUUUUCACUGCUAUUGAUGAAGAGCGACGCGAUGAAGUGUAA